AAGAGUGAGACUCCGUCUAAAAAACAAACAAAACAAAAAAGAAGGAAUUUGGGAAGUGAGGUGGUGGGGCAGAGGCUGGCAGCUCAGGCAGUGACUGUGGCAUAUCAUGGCCUCAUGGUGCCUCUCACUGUGAUGAGCAUGUUCUGGGGCUUCGUUGGCUUCUUGGUGCCUUGGUUUAUCCCUAAGGGUCCUUACUGGGGAAUUAUCAUUACCAUAUUGGUGACCUGUCCAGUUUUCUGCUAUCUCUUUUGGCUGAUUUCAAUUCUGGCCCAACUCAACCCUCUCUUUGGACCACAGUUGAAAAAUGAAGCCAUUUGGUAUCUGAAGCAUCAUUGGCCUUGAGAAGAAGAUGUGCUCUACAGUGCUUAGUCUUUGAGGUCACGAGGAGAGAAUGCCUUCUAGAUGCAAAAUCACCUCCAAACCAGACUACCUUUCUUGACUUGCCCAUUUUGGUCAUCAGUUGCCUUAAACAUCAGCACCACAUUUAAAUGUCUUAUUCUAUAAUGUAGUGUUUUUUUCCUUCACUUUUUUACACUUUAACGAAUUAUGUCCCUACUUAAACUGAACUGUGCUGACUCCACAAAAUGAUUAUGUACUCUUCUGAGAUAGAAGAUGGUCUUCUUCUGAGAGAUACGUUACUCUCUCCUUGGAAUCUGUGCAUUUGAAGAUGGCUCCUGCUUUCUCACAUGGGAACCAAUGAAGUGUUUAGAAACUGCUGCAAGACAAUUAAUACUCCAGUGGGGCAGUCACUAGGAGAGCAUUUUCAGAGGGAAGAGCUGUCUCAACAGAAUUACACUUUACUGUAUUUUCAGGAUGAAUUUAUUAUUUCUGCCUUCUUUUGGAAUAAUUUUUCUGCUUUCUAUGGGGGGGAAAAAGAAUUUGGGUCAGGAACUGUGGCUCAUGCCUAUAAUCCUGACACUUUGGGAGACCGAGGUAGGCAGAUCACCUGAGGCCAGGAGUUCCAGACCAUCCUGGGCAGCAUGGUGAAACCUUGCCUCUACAAAAAAACAAACAAACAAAAAAAAACUGCACAAAAAUUAGCCAAGCAUGGUGGCACGUGCCUGUGGUUCGCAUUACUUGGGAGGCUGAGGUGGGAGGAUUGCUUGAGUCCAGGAAGUGGAGGUUGCAGUGAGCUGAGAUCACGCCACUGCACUCCAGCCUGGUUUCAAAAAAAAAAAAAAAAAAAAAAUUGAAAAAUUUCUGGAAACAAAUGAUAAUGUAAAUACAGCAUACCAAAACCUUUGGGAGGCUGGGCAUGGUGGCUCAUGCUUGUAAUUCCAGCACUCUGGGAGGCCGAGGCAGGCAGAUCACUUGAGGACAGGAGUUCGAGACCAGGAGUUCGAGACCAGCCUGGCCAACAUGGUGAAACCCCGUCCCUACUAAAAAUACAAAAAUUAGCCAGGCAUGGUGGCAGGCGCCUGUAAUUCCAGCUACCUGGGAGGCUGAGGCACAAGAAUUUCUUGAACCUGGGUGGUGGAGGCUUGCAGUAAGCCAAGAUCACACCACUGCACUCCGGCCUGGGCGACAAAGUGAGAUUCUGCCAAAAAAAAAAACCCUAUGGGAUACAGUAAAAGCAGUACUCAGAGGUAAUUUUAUAACUAUAAGCGCCUACGUCAAAAAGAGGAAAAACUUCAAGUGAACAAUCUAACAAUGCAUCUUAAAGAAUUAGAAAAGCAAGAGAAACCCAAAUCUAAAAUUAGAAGAAAAGAAAUAAUAAAGAUCAGAGCAGAAAUAAAUGAAAUUGAAAUGGAGAAACAAUAUGAAAGAUCAAUGAAACAAAAAGUAGUUUUUCCGAAGAGUUAAAACAAAAUGACAAACCUUUAGCCAGACUAAGAAAACCAGAAGAUCCAGAUAAAUAAAAUCAGAAAUGAAAAAGGGCACAUUACAACUAAUACUGCAGAAAUUUAAAGGGUCGUUAGUGACUACUGUAUCAACAAUAUGCCAAUAAAUUGGAAAAUCUAAAAGAAGUGGACAAAUUCCUAGAUAAAUACAAUCUACCAAGAUUGAACCAUGAAGAAAUCCAAAACCUGAACAGACUAAUAACAAAUAAUGAGAUCAAAGUCAUAAUAAAAGUCUCCCAGUAAAGAAAAGCCAGGGACCUGAUGGCUUCACUGCUGAAUUCUACCAAAUAUUUAAAGCAGAACCAACUAAUACCAAUCCUACUCAAGCUACUCAAAAAAAUAAAUACAUACAUACAUACAUAAAAUAAGAUGAGGAGAGAGUACUUCCAGUAUUACUCUACAAGGCCAGUAUUACCUAGAUACCAAAAUCUGACAAAGACAUAUCAAAAAAAGAAAAGUAUGGGCUAGUAUUUCUGAUGAAUAUUGAUGCAGAAAUCCUCAACAAAAUACUAGCAAACUGAAUUCAGCAAUACAUUGGAAAUAUCAUUCAUCAGAAGGAGAAUAACGAGUACCCAAGGGAUUUGAGUAGCGGAGGAGAUAUGAAGU